CUGACACCAUGUGCUGCUCCCCUUGCUGCCAGCCCAGCUGCUGUGGAUCCAGCUGUUGUGGAUCCAGCUGCUGCUGCCGCCCAUGCUGUGUGUCCAGCUGCUGCCAGCCUUGCUGCCGCCCAUGCUGUGGGUCCAGCUGCUGCCGGCCCUGCUGCAGCCCAUGCUGUGGGUCCAGCUGCUGCCAGCCAUGCUGCCGCCCAUGCUGUGGAUCCAGCUGCUGCCAGCCUUGCUGCCGCCCAUGCUGUGUGUCCAGCUGCUGCCAGCCUUGCUGCCGCCCAUGCUGUGGAUCCAGCUGCUGCCAGCCUGGCUGCUGUCCAAAAUGGUGUCAGACCACCUGCUGUAAAACCACCUGCUGCCGGCCCAGCUGCUGCUGCCGCCCUUGCUGUGUGUCCAGCUGCUGCCAGCCUUCCUGCUGCUGA